ACAUUUAUACAACUAUCCCGCUAGUUAUCUAGCUAACCUUUGCCUUACUGUCCAAAUCGCAGCUUUAAAUUCGACUCGAUAUGACUUAAGCUAUUUAAUGCAAUAAUAUUGUAAGCUAUCUGGUUUUUGUGUACCUAACGUUAUUUAAGUUAGCUAGCAGGCUACGUUCCUAUAUUGUCCAACAAGUAUGCUAGCUUGUCAGUGAAUGCAUAAACUAGUCCGUGUUAUAAUAUACGUUACUCACUUAGAGUGAUGCAUUUAACAAAAUUUAAUCAAGGCAAGGUUAGUUCUGCCAUUACACAGUAAAAACAGCUUGCUAAGGAAACGGAGUUGUCUUGAAUGAAUAACUCCUCUAUGGAAAUAACUCAGAGUUUGGACGAAGACCCCUUGAAUGACGGGCCUCUCAUUUCGCCUGAAAUCCUGGACUCUGCCAUUAAAAAAGAAUUCCAGAAGCUUCCGACAAGCUGGGCUGCUUUGCUACUGUCCUUGCUGCAUGUGGCCUUCGUGUGCCUGUCGGCGGCGCUGGCGGUGUACUGUACCAUACUGUCGAGUCACCGGAGCCAGUGCCUCAGCCUCCUGCAGGGCCUGGAGAGCCCGACGGUCAUCGUGUUCGCCAAAGUGUGCCUGUGGGUCCUGCAGGUGGCGUUCGAGCACUUCGUCCACCGGCACCACGGCCGCGUGCGGAGCAGGGGCUACCUCCGGUUCUACCGGGCCACCCGAAACCUGAAGACCCUGCCCGUCUACAUCCACUCAGCCGGGAACGCGGCGGUGCUGAUGAUCCUCGCCGCCGAGCCUCUGUUACACGGUGUGAAGAACCUCAGCGUGGGGCUCCUCCUGGGGGUGCUGGCCCUGGAGCUGCUCUCUGUGCCCUGCCUGCUGCUGUACUCAGUCAGGGUGCAGAACUUCAACAGAGAGAGGCCGGAGCCUGACGUCAGCCAGGAGGAGCGAUCGCACGGUUACCCCGGCAACGCCCAUCCCCUCUGCACAGAGACCGGGUUCAGGGACGGCUCAAAUCUGGAAGACGUCGUGGAGAAGCAGGCGGACUUGAUCGAGUACCUGCAGCAGCACAACACCCUGCUGAGCAAGAGGAUUCUGUCCCUGACCAGCCAACAGAUGAGGGAGUAGGGGGUCAUGUGACUGCGAGGGGGAGGGGACUCAUGCAUGCACGCAUGCAUGCAGUGUGUGUGUGUGCAUGUAUGUAUGUAUGUAUAUGGGUGUAUGUUGUUUUAUUGCCAAGUGAGUACGCCGCCUGCACGUUUCGCUUUUCCCGAAAAUCGAAACGCUUCGCCGCACGUGCGUCGCUUUGUGUCUCGUGUGCGGCGCGUUUUAAGUGACGUCGAAUCCUCGCGGCGCUGAGGCCGGUGUCCGUGGAAACGCGCGCUGUUGCGCUGGAAUAUGAAUUCAGUCGUGCUGAAGUUAAGUUAAGUUGAGGCCAAAGUGCGAGCAGGACGUGGCUGAAUGAUUAGCUGAAGGGAAAAGUGUUUUAUUUGUGUGUAAUGACCCCAAGCGUCCUUUAAUUAGUCAUGUGAACAGAACCUGAGAAAUCUGUUAUAAUAAAACGUCCUUUGACCCUCACGCACAAGCAUGAACACACACGCGCACACACACGCACGUGUGCCCACACACACACACACACUCACGCACACACACAUGCACGCGCCCUCACACACACACACACAUACACACACACACACGCGGGCAUGGGCGCAGACCCUCACCCGCAUUCAAAAAAAUCAAACGGAAAGUCAGAAGAGCGGAAAAAACACAAUAUCUCUGUCGUGAGAAAGUGGGAAUUUUUUCACUUUGUGAAUAAAAUGAUUAUCGCUCAGACUGAUGCUGCUGUUUAACGUAAUGAAAUUCCGGGAAUGUAGUCCCAGUUUCACGCACUGAUGUUCAGACUGAUGGUUAAGAAACUGUCAUUUUGUCGGAAUAGUGUUGAAAAUGGGGGGAAAAAGCACUGUAAGGAUCAGCACAAAGCUGCGAACAAAGAAACAGGCUUUAUCAGGCACUGUGAAACUCACACAGAGAGGGGAAAGAAAGCUAUGAGGGCCUAACUGAGUUUUUUGUCUGUUUUGUGUUGUCCCUAAAAAAUCAUUUUUAAGAUUCAGAACGUCGCCUCUGUUCAGUCUAACAGCAGAGCUUGUAAUAAAAAAUUAAUAAACAACACAAAAUAACUGAAAACAACACAAAUACAAGCAUUACUGGAGUUUAUUUUUCUUUUAUUGUCGUUUUAUUUUUUUCAUUUCAAAAGUGUUAUUUGUUUGCUUUUGUGCAGUUCUGUCUGCUUAGAGUCUAGCUAACGCUGUUUGAAAUACUGCUGGUCUCAUGUCUAAUGUAAUCCUUAAUUAUUGAAAAGGUUCUGUUCCUAAUUUUUUUUUUAUUACUGCCGACCACUUGAUGAAAAUGUACAGUGUAUCUAGUGUAUCUAUAUUUGUAAUUAUGUACUUACGUCUCUACUCAGGGUCAUUGUGGACUUUGAAUUAUGUUUUUCUGGAUUUCAAAGCAUGUUUUUUGUAUAAUAAAUCUUGAAUUAACUUGUUUACUCAUA